CGGACAAAAUGUCUGCGGAGGAGUUAGGAUCGAGUUUUGCUGAUGUCAUUACCCAAUUGGCCCAAGAUAUCACAUUACCCGGAGAGUAUCGUGUUCGUCUUUUAAAAUUGAGCACUGCAAAUAAGGGAUUCUUAUGAUGGGGAAAGCACUACUACUUCUGGUAAAGAAUCAUUCAGAAUGGAGACCACCAUUCCGACCCAAACUUUAUCUCCAAGAUCAACAAUUCAAUGUUUGCUGUCGGUUGAAGAAUCUAUUGGAGGAAUACAAUGUAUGAUGGCUACUUUGGCUACUCAAUUAGAAAGAAUUGAGUUGAAAUUUGAGCGACAAUAAGUGGGAGAAGAGAAAAUUCUUGACCUCAAGUGCAACCAAAUCAAGAUUGUGAAUCCUGUUGCAAGCUAGCCGCAGAAGAAAGAAUUCAGAAUCAGGAAUGGUUUAGAGAAAUUAUCAAUCAGGGUCAUCCACCUAGACAGGAAGAUACACAUCAUGAUUUUCAUUCUUCAAGUGACGAAGAAAAAUUCUUACUUUCUCAGCAGCCAGCUUAUGAAAAUCAAUUAAUCCAAGGGAUGACUGUUGAUGAAGAUAGAUUUACCGAGCUUUAAUGGAAAUUUAGAUGUUGGAAAUUUCUUGAUUGGAUCAAGAACUUCAAAAGCUUUUUUGAUUGCAUGGAGACUCCAGAUGAAAAAAAAGGUCAAGUUUGUAACACUACAGUGGAGCAUUCACUUGGUGGGACGAGCUUGUGGAAUAAGAACUUUCAAGACUUGACUUGACUACAAAUUAGGAAACUUCUCAAAGAAAGCUUUUAACCUUUCGAUUAUGAACAUAUUCUUUUUAACCAAUAUCAUCACUGUAACCAAGGAUCCAGAACAGUGGGGUAAUACAAAGAACUAUUCAAUUGUUUAGGAGCUCAACUCAAUCUGGCUGAAGGGGAGAAAUAUCGAAGUGCAAGUUAUAUAAUCUGGAUUGAAGAAAGAAAUUCAAGAAAAGGAUAGAAUUGUAACCGUUAGGGUGUUUGACAGAAGCUGUAACGUGAACAGAAAAAUUUGAAUAACAGUAUGAAAAAAGGAGAAAGAAACGAAUAACUUGGGAAAGGCUGAACAACACUUGUAAAUGCAAUUCAAAUGAAUUCCAAGUUGGCAGUUCAUCUAAUAACCCAAUUUCAAAUGGAAAAGAAGAAAAACAAUCACGAAUGUCCCAGAUUUAAAAGGAUCAGAUGUUGUGGCUAAGUAAACUCAAAAUCAGGCUUAAUUUGGGGAAGUUUUUUCCGUUGUGGACAGCAGGGACAUUUGUUUAUCACUUGAGAAAAUUAGUGGCCGUAAUUGAUGAAAAUGAUCAAGUUAAUGGUUAAGGGGAAGAACAAUUGGAAGAAGAUGUUGCCCAUCUUGAACCUUAUGAUGGAGAACAGGUUUCUUGUAUUGUGGUUCUACUCACUCCUAAACUUGAGACACAUCCACACAGACAUAUGCUUAUUACAUGAUGUACAAUCAAUGGAAAGGUACGUAAUAUGAUUAUUGACAGUGGGAGGGAGCGGGGAACAUUUGUUUCUCAAAAAGCUUGUUAAUGCUCUAAAUCUUAAAGUGGAUCGACAUCCAAAUCCAUAUAAGGUAAGUUGGAUUUAAAAGGGAGGUGAAGUAACAGUGAAUUCCAUUGCCAAGUACCUCUUUCUAUCGGAAAUCAUUAUAUGGACCAGAUAAUCUGUGAUAUUUUGAAAUGGAUGUUUGUCAAAUUCUACUAGGAAGGCCUUGACAGUAUGAUCUCCAAGCUCUCACGAAGGGAGGGGCAAUCCUUAUGAAUUCUUAUGGACGGGAAGGAAAAUUGUGUUGUUGCCCACUACAAACACUAAUGACAAAAAAGGACCCAAAGAUGAUUCCAAGGCAGUGAAACAACUAUUUACUAUAGUCAAAGACAAAAACUUUAUAACAGAAGAGAACUGUAUUGUUUUGCUUUUGUUUUAAAGGGAUAACCUCCUUCGACAUAGCAAUUUGAGGCUGUACAUGAAGAAAUUCAAUUGUUACAUACUGACUUUCCUGCUCUUUUAGAAACACCAAGUGAAAAUUACCUCUAUUAUGUGAUAUUCAACAUCACAUUGACUUCCUGGAUUCACUCUUUGGCAUUUACCUCAUUAUAGAAUGAGUCUCGAAGAGUACUCAAUUUUACAUGAUCAAAUAAAUGAGUUGCGGAAAAGGGACAUAUUAGACCUAGUAUGAGUCCAUGUCCUGUUCGAGCACUUCCAACACCUAAAAAAAAAAAACGAAUCAUGGAGAAUGUGUGUUGCUGGGCUAUAACAAGAUUAACAUAAGGCUAAAUGGCUGGUUGAAUCUGCAUUUGUCCCAUUGAGGCUUUUUCAAGAACGGUGUGAGGAAGAAUUUUUAUGGGAGGCUGAAAUGAUAAAGAUUAAGGCGCAGGAAUUGAAAAGCAAAGAGGUCAGAGUAAAUACUCGUCUUCUUUAUCAGCAAACAAAGUUUAAUCUUCUGCGUGAAGAAAGCGAGGGCUAUGCCAAGUUGGUAACACUUCUUUGCCAUGUCACUGACGCUUCAAAUAAGAAUUUGCCGGGUUCAACAAUUGGUAUUAUAAAGUCAUUGAUUGGGCAUUUUGAUUUGGACCCAAACCGCGUGUUUGACAUUGUCUUGGAGUGUUUUGAACUUCAGCCAGAAAAUAGUGUUUUUGUGGAGCUAAUUCCAAUAUUUCCCAAGUCUCAUGCUUCACAAAUCCUUGGGUUCAAAUUCCAAUAUUAUCAGCGCAUUGAAGUGAACUCGCCAGUGCCAGUUGGGCUUUAUAAACUUACAGCUUUACUAGUGAAGGAAAAAUUUAUUGAUCUGGAUAGCAUAUAUGCACAUCUACUUCCUAAGGAGGAGGAGGCAUUUGAGCAUUAUGAGUCCUUUUCUUCCAAACUACUUGAUGAGGCUAACAGAAUAGGUAAAAUAAAUCUUGCGGCAACGGGAAAAGAUCUAAUGGAUGAUGAGAAGCAAGGAGAUGUAAGCAUUGAUCUUUUUGCUGCUCUUGAUAUGGAAAGUGAGGCAGUCAAUGGAAGGUCUCCAGAGCUGGAAAAUAAUCAAACAUUGGGCUUGCUUACAGGAUUUCUUUCUGUGGGUGACUGGUAUCAUGCACAUGUACUGUUUAAUCGGCUUUUACCUCUCAAUCCAGUGGAACACCUUCCAAUCUGUAACUGUUUGUUUAGGUUCAUUGAAGAAUCGAUCUCCUCUGCGUACUCUAUUGUUCGUCAACAUUAUUAUCAGAGCUUUGGGACCUCUUCAGGAGCUAGCAUUGAUACCAGGAAUUUGCCGGUUGGUGGUUCUUUUAUAGAUCUUCCGAGGGAACUUUUUCAGAUGCUUGCAGCUGCUGGACCUUAUCUCUACCGUGAUCCAAUUUUGCUGCAGAAGGUCUGUAGGGUGCUGCGAGGUUAUUAUAUGUCGGCAAUUGAGUUUGUCAACAGUGUGGAAAGUGGUUCGAAUCCUGAAUUUGUUCUGCAAGCUGGUAGCCGGGUUCCUCAUCUUCACUUGAAGGAAGCUAGAUUGAAAAUUGUGGAAGCUUUAGGAAUGUGUAUACUUCCUUCGUUACAGUUGAUACCUGCCAAUCCAGCUGUUGGUCAAGGAAUAUGGGAAGUAAUGAAUCUUCUUCCGUAUGAGGUGCGGUAUCGGUUAUAUGGUGAAUGGGAGAAAGAUGAUGAGAAGAUUCCAAUGGUUUUGGCUGCAAGGCAAACUGCAAAGUUGGACACACGGAGGAUUUUGAAGCGGUUGGCUAAGGAAAAUUUGAAGCAAUUGGGUAGGAUGGUUGCAAAACUUGCUCAUGCCAAUCCCUUGACUGUCCUUCGCACAAUAUUACACCAGAUUGAGGCAUAUAGGGAUAUGAUUACUCCUGUAGUAGAUGCAUUCAAGUAUCUGACUCAGCUUGAGUAUGACAUAUUAGAAUAUGUUGUGAUUGAACGUUUGGUGCAAGGAGGGCGUGAUAAGUUGAAGGAUGAUGGCCUUAAUUUGUCAGAUUGGCUCCAGUCAUUAGCUUCGUUUUGGGGUCACCUGUGUAAGAAGUACCCAUCUAUGGAGCUAAGGGGUUUGUUUCAGUAUCUCAUUAAUCAGUUGAAAAAAGGUCAAGGAAUUGAACUUGUUCUCCUGCAGGAACUUGUUCAACAAAUGGCCAAUGUCCAAUACACAGAAAACCUAACUGAGGAACAGUUGGAUGCUAUGGCAGGAAGUGAGACACUUCGUUAUCAAGCAACUUCUUUUGGGGUUACUCGAAAUAACAAGGCGUUGAUCAAGUCAAGCAACAGACUGCGUGACUCCUUGCUUUCUAAGGAUGAACCAAAAUUGGCAGUCCCUCUCUUGCUACUUAUUUCUCAACACCGUUCAGUGGUUGUCAUAAAUGCAAAUGCUCCUUAUAUUAAGAUGGUCAGUGAACAAUUUGAUAGAUGUCAUGGAACUCUGCUUCAAUACGUGGAAUUUCUUAGUAGUGCAGUUACGCCUGCAUCAGCUUAUGCUCAGUUGAUUCCCUCUCUCAAUGAGCUUGCCCAGCUUUAUCACCUAGAUCCCGAGGUUGCUUUCCUGAUAUAUCGACCAAUAAUGAGAUUAUUUAAGUGUCAAGGUGGUUCAGAUAUCUUCUGGCCACUGGAUGGCAAUGAUGCAAAUGUUGCAAGCAAUAAUUCUGAUUCGGAAUCAGCAGAAUGUUCUGCAGACGUUGUUUUGGAACUUGGUUCUUCACGGAAACCUGUGAGGUGGUCAGAUCUCCUCGAUGCUGUAAAGUCUAUGUUACCUCCAAAGGCUUGGAAUAGCUUGUCUCCAGAUCUCUAUACUACAUUUUGGGGUCUCACGCUCUAUGAUCUUUAUGUUCCUCAGAGUAGAUAUGAAUCUGAAAUUGCUAAGCAGCAUUCUGCUCUUAAAGCUUUAGAAGAGCUUUCUGAUAACUCAAGUUCUGCAAUCAAUAAAAGGAAGAAAGACAAAGAAAGAAUUCAAGAAUCUCUUGAUCGCUUGUCCAAUGAACUAAAUAAGCAUGAAGAAAAUGUUGCCUCCGUACGCAGGCGACUUUCUCGUGAAAAGGAUAAAUGGUUGAGCUCCUGCCCUGAUACCUUGAAAAUUAACAUGGAGUUCCUUCAGCGAUGUAUUUUUCCCCGCUGUACAUUCAGUAUGCCUGAUGCUGUCUAUUGUGCUAUGUUUGUGCACACUCUUCAUUCCCUUGGAACACCAUUUUUUAAUACAGUCAACCAUAUUGAUGUUUUGAUAUGUAAAACCUUGCAACCCAUGAUAUGCUGCUGCACGGAAUACGAAGCAGGCAGGCUUGGAAGGUUUUUAUAUGAGACACUAAAGAUAGCUUAUUAUUGGAAGAGUGAUGAAUCCAUUUAUGAACGUGAAUGUGGAAAUAUGCCUGGAUUCGCCGUCUAUUAUAGGUAUCCAAACAGUCAAAGAGUAACGUAUGGCCAGUUCAUCAAGGUUCAUUGGAAGUGGAGUCAAAGAAUUACACGAUUACUCAUACAAUGCUUGGAAUCUACAGAGUACAUGGAAAUUAGAAAUGCUCUUAUAAUGUUGACAAAAAUUUCCAACGUUUUUCCCGUCACUAGAAAGAGCGGAAUCAACCUUGAGAAAAGGGUCGCUAAGAUCAAAAGUGAUGAAAGAGAAGAUCUGAAGGUGUUAGCAACUGGUGUUGCCGCAGCUUUGGCUGCUAGAAAGCCUUCAUGGGUUACAGAUGAAGAAUUUGGCAUGGGUUAUCUUGAAUUAAAGACUGCACCUUCUCUUGCAUCAAAGUCUUCAGCUAGUAAUUUAGUUGCCAGCCAAAGUAAUUCCAUUUAUUCUUCCCAAAAUGAACAUGGUGGAGGAAAGCCUACUGCCGUCCCAAGUUCAGAUUCUGGAAAUAUGGCCAAAGACCAUUCAUUGAGGUCACGAACUUCCGACAUGAGGACGGAUAAAAUAGAUGGUUUUUCUGUUCCAAAAUCUGAACUAGGGCAUGGGAAACUCAAAGGCACUUCAUUGAACGGACCAGAUUCCCAGCCACUUGUGCCCUCAACUUCUGUGCAUUUAGGAUCGUUAAGAGUUGUUGAAGGUCAAAAACCAGGUGAUGACUUAAGUAGGACAUCGAAUGAAGGCUCAUCAAAAGUUAUUUUCAAGACCUCUUCUGAAUCCGAGCAGUUAAGAGUUUCAGCAAAACGAAACGCACCUGCUGGGAUUCUUAGUAAAGCAUCAAAACAAGAUACCACGAAAGAUGAGAUUAGAUCUGGAAAAGCUGCUAGCAAGAAUCAUGGGUCUUCCACAAGUGAUCGGGAGCUUCCAAUUCAUGCAACAGACGGUGGUAGGCAUGGAACUUCUUAUAAAACUUCUUCAGUUAUGCCAAAUGACUAUGCGCAAAGUUCAUUAACUAGAGGCUUGUCCUCAUCAUUAAAAGCUUCAGAUGGUCACGCUAUUGAAUUGAAGGCAGAGAGUGGAGUAGGGAGGACUUCUGAUAGUAGGGCUUCGUCACUAAAGGAAAAUGGUAGUGAAGCUCUUGAAGUUGGAAAAUCCUCUUCUUCCAGACUUGCUCAUUCUCCCAGACAUGAUAAUUCUGCUAGUGGUUCUAGGUCUAGUGAUAAACUGCCUAAAAGAGCUAGUCCUGCAGAAGAACCAGACAGACAAGGUAAACGUCGGAAAGGAGAUGGUGAAAGUAGAGAUGUAGAUGGGGAUUUUCGUAACCCUGACAAAGAUAAAUCCAUAGACACACGAUCUGUAGAUGCUGAUAAAAUAGGAAUGGAUGAACAAAGUGGGUACAGAGGUUCAGAUAAACCUCUGGAUAGAACAAAAGAUAAGGUAAAUGAAAGAUACGAUAGGGACUACAAAGAUCGGGCAGAGCGUUCUGAAAAAUCCCGUGGAGAUGAUCCAUCAGUAGAAAAAACAAGAGACAGAUCAAUAGAAAGAUAUGGAAGAGAACUCUCGGUUGAUAAAGUGGAAAGAGUUUCUGAUAGGUAUCCUGACAAAUCUAAGGAUGAAAGAGAUAAAGAUGAUAGGAGUAAGUUACGAUAUAAUGAUACAGCUACAGAAAAGUCUCAUGUUGAUGAUCGGAUCCACAGACAGAGCUUGCCUCCUCCCCCUCCCUUGCCUCCUCACAUGGUCCCUCAAUCUGUUAAUAGUGGGAGAAGAGAAGAAGAUGCAGAUAGAAGGUUUGGAAAUACUAGACACAGUCAAAGGCUUUCUCCUAGACACGAAGAGAAGGAACGGAGACAAUCAGAGGAAAAUUUAAUUUCACAGGAUGAAGCAAAACGCAGAAGAGAGGAGGAAUUUCGAGAAAGGAAGAGAGAAGAGAGAGAGGUGGGGAUUUCAUUGAAGGUGGAUGACAGGGAGAGGGAAAGGGAGAGGGACAAGGCAAACCUUUUGAAGGAGGACAUGGAUGCUGCUGCUGCCUCCAAGAGGCGAAAACUUAAAAGGGAGCAUCUGUCAUUGGCAGAGGCUGGUGAGUAUUCUCCUGUUGGCGCACCGCCAUCUCUGGUUGGUGGUGGCGUAUCUCAAUCUUAUGAUGGACGAGAAAGAGGAGACAGGAAGGGUGUAAUGAUGCAACGUGCCAGUUACUUGGAUGAUCCAGGCUUGAGAAUUCAUGGUAAAGAAGUUGUCAACAAGAUGACCAGACGUGAAGCCGAUUUAAUGUACGAUCGGGAAUGGGAUGAUGAUAAAAGAAUGAGGGCGGACCAAAAGCGGAGGCACCGGAAAUAAGCUCGAUCAGCGCCUUCUAACUAGCAUACAGUUGAUCAUUCUACUCAUGAAGUAAAACUGCAAACAUGAUAUCUAAGCUGCCCACAGGGAGGUGAACAUUCAUCCGAUCAUCUUAUAAAAACUGAUUCAUAAACAAGAAGGGAGACUGUUGAGUAUCGAGGGGACAAAUGCCCGCUCCUCCUGUAGUGACGACCAACUCAUACUUGAACGGGAUGGGACAUUGGAGUGGAUUUCUGCUGCUGAGAACUAUUGUAAUUUGUUUAAAACUCAGGUUAGGAAAAAGUUGUGUAUUACAUUCUUAGCCCCACACUUACAUUUGUGUAAAGCCAUUAGUGAGUAUGAGAGUUCUUCAAGAAAAGUGUGAUUGUGGGGCCUUUUCCCUACAUGUUCCUUGUAGUUUCCCUGUUCUGUUUGCUAGAAAAUUUUCACCCCUAAUUUAGACGAGGGUGCUAUUGAAUCAAAUCUCUCGCGAGUUUCAUACUC